GGUACUCAGUGGCCAACUGGCUUCAAGCCCUGCUGGGUUCCCUUGACUUCCGCAUGAGGGAUGAUGGCGGUGGGCUUACGUGCAGCUAUGGCUUCCUCAUAUCAGGCCUCGACCAUCUGCAGUUGGCCUACUCUUGGUCAAUGCUGGUGACCGUGCUUUACAUGGGCUGCUUGCUGUGGAUGCAGAUGCUCAUUGCGGCAGCCUUCAAGCUGCUGGAGCGAACCUCAAACGGAAGAUAUUGGAGCAGGUGCAUUCACAAGCUCGUUUGCGUUCAAGCGAUCUGCAUCACGGUGGCUAUCGUGCUUUUCUGCGUCAAGGGAGGGGCCUUUGAAAGCGCCGGCCCUCAUUGGCUCGACGCAUACGUUGUGGUGCAGACGACGACCUUUUGUUGCAACAUGGCAACAGACCUGAUAGCAAUCUGCUCCCUUGCGCGAUGCUUCCUCCAGUUGCGGAGCAUCUCACGCCUGGCGAAGCUUCAAGAGAUUUCGCCAGCCGUGAGAUCUUCCUUGAGACAAGCGCGGAGGUUUGCAGCCUCACAAGCCGUGGGUGUCUGCUUCAUCCUGGUCUUCAUCAUUUGGGAAGUUGUGGAAG